GUCCCUUUAACUUUUACCCUGAAGUUUUUAGCGAUGGAACAACGUGCACAGAAACUCUAGCACACUAUAAUUGCAAAAGAUAAAGGAAAACUGAAGGACACGAACGUCCGUGAGAUUCAGCUGUUGGAAAUGAUCAUGUUUUUAAGUCACUUUGCGUUCGGAAGAGAUUUAGAGGAUUUGCUGUCUAUAUUCGACACACGAGAGCUUAUGGGACACAGAAGUGGGUUAUAGCAAGACUGUGUUUACUUCUGUGUAAAUAACGGAUUUACUUUUAAAUACAUUUAAUUUCAAACCUCAGGAACAUAACAAAACCCUUUGGAACGAAACGCGUGGCAAUAUUUUAACAUCCUAAAGUUUCAGUAUUGAAUAAAAUGGGAGAUGACAAUGAGCUGCUCGGAGCAUCUGAGUUUAUCAAAGAUCGUCUGUAUUUUGCUACUCUUAGAAGCAAACCCAAAAGCACAGCAAACACACAUUUCUUCUGCACCGAUGAUGAAUUUAUUUAUGAAAACUUUUAUGCAGAUUUUGGGCCCCUCAAUCUGGCAAUGCUGUACAGAUACUGCUGCAAACUGAACAAAAAACUAAAGUCUUUCACUCUGUCCAGAAAGCGCAUCAUCCAUUACACCAGUUACGACCAACGAAAGAGAGCCAAUGCGGCCUUCCUCAUCGGCGCUUAUGCGGUAAUCUACUUAAAAAGAACUCCAGAGGAGGUGUACCGGGCCCUGAUCUCUGGAACCAAUGUGUCAUACCUGCCCUUCAGAGAUGCUGCUUUUGGGAACUGCACAUAUGAUUUAACCAUAUUAGACUGUUUACAAGGAAUCCGCAAGGCCUUGCAGCACGGGUUCUUUGACUUUGAGAAUUUUGAUGUUGAAGAAUAUGAACAUUAUGAGCGUGUAGAAAAUGGUGAUUUUAACUGGAUUGUGCCAGGAAAACUGUUGGCCUUCAUUGGACCUCAUCCCAAGAGCAAAAUAGAGAACGGUUAUCCUCUCCACGCUCCAGAAGUGUACUUCUCCUACUUCCGCCAGCACAAUGUCACAGAUGUUGUGCGACUGAACAAGAAGAUUUAUGAAGGUCGGCGCUUCACAGAUGCCGGGUUUGAACAUCACGACUUGUUCUUUGUAGACGGCACCACACCUAGUGAUCUCCUCACAAGACGCUUCCUGCACAUCUGUGAGAGCGCCAAGGGUGCCGUAGCUGUCCACUGCAAGGCUGGCCUUGGCAGGACAGGCACUCUGAUAGGCUGCUACCUGAUGAAGCAUUAUCGCUUCACAGCACCUGAGGCCAUUGCCUGGACACGAAUCUGCAGACCGGGCUCCGUCAUUGGACCACAGCAGCACUUUCUCGAACAGAAGCAGCACAGUAUGUGGGUGCAAGGUGAUCUCCAUCGGUCCAAGCAGAAGCAACAGCAGCUGAGGCAAAGCCGACAACAGGAGAGAAACAUGGCCCAUCUCAUAUCCAGCAUGGACGACAUGUCCAUCGACAGCACCAUUCUGAAGCCACCAAGUGUGGAUGAGAAUGAGUUCAGAGAAGAGGACAUGAUUCCAACUCAAGGAGACAAACUACUAGCUCUAAAGGGCCAACGCCACCCCAGACCUACUGCCACAGUGCUUAGUGGGAUAAACCCAGCUCCAAGCAUCAUUUCCCCUCCCAAGUCUUCCAAAGCUCCUCUCUUCAUCUCCUCUUCCACUGCACCACGGAGACUAACAAGAAGCCCUUCCUCCUCUGCCGGCAAUCUAAAAAGCUUCAGUCCCCGUUUAGCCCAUUCCCUCAGCAACCUUUACGAUGACAACAACUUCAAUGACGAUGACAACAGCACACCUCCUUCCUCCUUCGCACCCUCCCCAUCUCCUGCUCUAACCACAUCUGGCUUCAGCUUUGGGUACACCUCUACUGAGCCCCGACUUCCUCCCUCACAUUUAAACUUCAAUCAAGAGGCCAACACCAACCUCAACAGCCUUACUGGCGCUAAUACGGUUAGCGCUAAUCGCACAGUCAGGCCUAUGAACAGAACCGGCUAUAGUCUGUUCUCCAGCGGUCCGCCGAACCCCCGUAGAGGUCCGUUGCGAGGUGGACUAAGCAGGUUUCCAGGGCACUACCUCAGCAGAUCCAUUCCAUCCCUUCAGUCUGAAUAUGCUCAGUACUAAGGCUAUGAUUAUACACUGAUGGCCAUCGCAACUGACCAUUCGACCAUGGACAAAUCAUUCCUAAAAGCUGAUAAACCAUUCAAAAAAGUCACAUUGGGCUUAAAGUGUUUAUAAUAACAUAUUUAUAGUGUUUUAAUUGAGAACAUUUCUGUAAGUCUGAUGUAUUAUUCACAAAUGUAUUCAGUAAUUUUUCUACAUCCAAAAUGGAAUGUAACUGCUGGCAUUUGUUUGUGACUAAUUUUACAGCAUUGUCUCACUUUUUUUUUUUUUUAAGAAAGUCCCAAUUCGAAUGAAAAUCUUAGCAGUUGUGCAUGAGUGUGUGACAGUAUGGGUGUUUACAAGAAAUAUGCAUGUAUGUAUGAUCACAUGAUGCUGAUUCAAUUAUGUUUAGUAAUAUGAUUGUAUCGAAAUCAUGAUUUUUAAAACAUUUUGCACAGAUAGUUGUAAUUUUAACUGGAAUGUCGGCGCCGAUG